AUGAUCUCGAAUGAUCUUCGGGAUGAAGUUCAAACUUUGCUUCCGCUGAUACCGGAACUCAAAGAAAUCAUCAAAUACCAGAAUGCGAGACGAAGUACGAUUCGAGAUGGUAUCAGACAAAGGCAGGAGAAUAGCCAAGAAAGAUUCAAGAACGCUUUUCGGCAACUGAGUAGAGCACUGAAUGCAGCCUUCUCUCCCAUCGUGUUGGUGUUGGAUGAUUUGCAGUGGGCGGACAUGUCGUCAUUACAAGUCAUUGACUACCUUGUCUCAGAUAUGCAGAAUCCAAAUCGGCUCAUGGUAAUCGGAUGCUACAGAUCUGAAGAUGUGUCUAGGGCGAUCGAGGAACUCAAGACAAGACAACUCAGUUGUCCGUUCCAUGUGACCGAGAUCGAGCUCGGCAACUGUCAGGUGGAUCAUGUACACGAGAUGAUCAUGUCGAUAUUGUCCACUGAAAGCCAAUCGAUUACUCAAGAUCUCGCUGCGAUAUGCUAUAGAAGGACUGUCGGCAAUCCUUUCUUCGUGACCCAAUUCAUGAUAAUACUCCAGAACGAAGCUCUGCUGACGUUUACUCAAGAUCUCGCUGCGAUAUGCUAUAGAAGGACUGUCGGCAAUCCUUUCUUCGUGACCCAAUUCAUGAUAAUACUCCAGAACGAAGCUCUGCUGACGUACAAUCCAAGCUCGAUAAAAUGGGAAUUCAAUGUUGAUGAGGCAGAAAAGGCCACAAAGUUUACGUCAAAUGUAGUGGACCUAUUGCGAGCUCGCAUGAAGAAAAUGCCUGCAAAGGUGCAGCUAUUGCUGCAGUAUGCCGCCUGCAUUGGGACUUGCUUUAGUCAAAAAACGAUUGAAAUCGUUUGGAGGGAACAUGGCAACAUUGGACCUGAGGAAAACGCUGACCUUUCCAAUUUGCGGAAUACUGUACAUGACACUGGAUUCAUUGAGAAGAAGGGUCGCAAUGGGUUUCGUUUUGUUCAUGACAAGAUUCAAGAGGCUGCCAUGUCCUUGUCGGAUCGAGUCAACUCGUCAUUCAUUGGCAAGACGCUGAUGUUCGCCUUGAAUGCAGAGAAGCUUGAGGACGAGUUGUUCGAUGAGGUGGAUCUAAUCAACAGAGGGGAUGUUGCUACGAGGCCAGAAUUAGCUGCUUUGAACCUUCGCGCAGCUGAGAAGGCACGCAAUUUGGCUUCUUUUCAAUCCGCAAGAUCGUAUGUUGAGUUUGGCGCAGCCAUGUUACCCCGGAACCAUUGGAAAACCCACAGGGAUCUAACAUUGGCGCUCUAUACAUUGGGUGCCGAGGCAGAGCUUGCAGAGGGAUACUUACGUGCAGCAGCUGUUUAUUGCAAUGCCGUGUUCCAGCAAAAGGACUGCACAGCAAUGGAGAAGGCACCUUUGCGAAUGGCAGUCAUCAACAUGCUCUACUCGGGAGAUUCGAAUAUGAAGCAGAAGGCGUUGGACUUGUGCUUGGACCUGCUGAAGGAACUUGACUACACGCUUAUUUACAGCAACUCUUUGCUGCCUAUUCAGACAUUGUACUAUGUAGUAAAGACAGUGAAAACAUUGUACUAUGUAGUAAAGACAGUGAAAACGACGAAGAAGAAGCUGGCGGAGAAAAGUGUCGGUGUAAUGACGAAUCCAAGGCACCUUUUGAUCAUGGAGUUGCUGUCGAAAAUUGCCAAUCUCUCCUAUCAUUUGGAACUACUAUUUCUCAAUUCCCUUGCAACCUGUCACCUUGUCCUCAAUACCCUAAAGUUUGGUGGAUCCCAUCUAUCUGGGUUUGGACUUGUUAUUGCUGGUGUCCUGGCUAGGGUGCUACUCAAGGAGGACUUUAGCACAGCUCUAGCAUUUACAGAAUCUGCUCUUUCGAUUCAAAAGAGCAUUGGUACAUUCAACGAAGGGCGGACGACAUGGAACGCUUACGCCUUGUGUCUGUCUUGGAGUACAACAUUUGAAAAGUGUCGCCCAAAACUGAAAGAGGCCCAGAUAUAUUGUAUGCGGGACGGAGAUACAGAGCAUGCAAUGUGGAGCCUUAGUGGAGAAGCAUGGUUGUCGUACAUGAUGGGAAAGCCGUUGCCCCGUUUGCAGAGGGACUGUGCCGUUAUUGUUGCCCAUAUAGAAGAGCAUCGGCAACCAGAAGUUGCAGCUUUCGUCAAGAUGAUUUGGCAAACAGCCAUUAAACUUACUACAUGCCAAGGCCGUUUUUUGGAGCUGGAUGGAUCCGUAUAUAGCAAGAAGGAAUAUCCAAAAGCUGCGUCCCCACAUCUUGGUGCUGCUCAUUUUAUGGAAGGCGAAUUGAUCUUUUUUUCAAGUUUCUUGACAGCUGCAGAGCGGGCAAUCGAAUAUGGGGAUCUGCAUGAAAAGCUCAGUCCUGCAAUAUUCACUGGUAUGCUCGAGAAGUUCCACCGCGGAGUAGCAUUGUAUGCAAUGACAAGACAACUAAGAAAGAGAAGAUACAGAAAGAGGGCCUAUAAGAUACGUAAAGUGAUCAAGCAAUGGGUGGAGGACGGCAAUCCAAAUGUCAUACACUAUGAUUUGUUGUUGGAUGCUGAGCAUGCCUCCUUGCAUAAGAAGACUUACGAUGAGGCUGACGAAUUCUACCAGAAAGCAAUCAAAGCUGCCACUGAAUUGAAUCACCCUAUGCACCAAGGAUUGUUCCACGAACGGUAUGCAGACUUUUUGUUACGAAUCCAAUGGAACAAGGAUGGUGCCAUUCAUCAUUUCUCAAAAUCGAUUCAAUAUUAUGACGAAUGGGGAGCGGUAGGCAAGGUUCAGCAGUUGAAACAAGAGAUGCAUGCAUUAAGACUUAUUCGGUGA